CACGGUUCGUACCUCUCUUUCCGUGGUAUCUGUCACCACAGAACCGUCCGUCUAUCUACAUCUAGAUAGCUGUCUAAUCCGACAUUCUUUCUUUAAGCUUAACAACUCGUCUGUGCACAUUCCUUUCCCCCGCUCGUCGCGUGGGUCAAGCCUUCGGUAUUAGAUUGGGGCUUUCACCAUAGCGAUCAUGGGCGACAAUCACGACUCUUCAUUCCUUUAUGGUUACGCUUCGUCCAACCGGUUCUACGGUUCGCCCGAGCCUCCCUUCAACCCGAAGGCUGUGACACAAGCGAGCUGGACUCGACCGGAGCCAAAGCCUGAGUUAAAGGGACCAUUGGUUGAUCAUGCCAAUACCCUUCCUGAUGUGCAAUGCAACACGCCUAGCGCCAAACCGCGAUGGACGCCAAUGAGUCCAAAAACAAAGGGGCGCGUGGUCUAUGGUCGCAAGGUGCAGCUUGGACUGCGGAUACUUGCUCUUGCCGGAGCUAUCGGAUCCCUGUUCUGUUCGAUCGUUAUCAAGAAUGCCGCAAUAACCGUGAUCUGGAUUGUCAGAGUCGGGCCAGCUGUCGCAAUUCUGCACACUCUCUACGGCAUAUAUACUUUGAGUCGCUCUUCGAUCACAAGGCCUCCAGGGUCGCAGGCUAGCUACAUGUUCUUUGCCGCAACGUUCGAUCUAGGCCUGAUCCCCUUCUAUGUUUUCUCAGCCUACCUAGGUUACGGGCAAUAUACCAACAACGCAUACGACUGGACCACAAUGCUAGGUUCUAAUGUUGAGACGACAACCAAGAUCGCAGAGACUACGUUCUUGCUGGGUAUAAUCAACGGUGCACUUCAUGCGAUAUCCUUUGGAAUCUCCAUAUUCUUGGGUACCAUCUUCCGGAAGAUCACCCGACUACCCCCAGAUAUGAACCCGCUAGAAGACAACUUGACUGCACGUCCAUUCUCACGGACCAAGUCCGAGAUAAUUGAAAAGCGUGCCAGCAAAUCUACCUUGGGCUCGGACAAUAUUUCUAGUGAAGAUCCACUGAUCGGUGUUCCACGAAGUGUGCCUUUCAUGGAGACUCGCAGUAAUCCAUCCUUCAACGACGACUAUAGUCGAUUCCCCCCUACUUUCACAGACAGAACGCCGCCGCAGCCUACUCGCUCUUUCCAUCGCCCAUCACGCAUCGACACCAUCCCACAUCUACCUUUCCAUCAGCCAAACGAUAUAGAUGAUGCUACAACUAUCGCGUCGCCUAUCGAGAACCCAGAUAUCUUUACCAGGGCAACUACAUCAAUUCCGCGUGGCGCGCCGGUUCGCGAGCCAUCUCCCGAUCUUCCCAACAGAUCGCAAUGUGUGAGCCCUGCCUCAGAGAAUUGGAUUGUCUAUCCGUCUCGGUCUACAACUCCCGUGGAGGAGGCUAAAGACGAACACCCGGCUCCUCGCGACCCGUCCUCUGUAUACAGCCGUGCCGAAACCCCAGCCUCAUCAAAGGGCGGUGUUAUGGAUUGGUUCAGUCCACAGCGAUAUGGUUUGAAUAUAGGUGAAGCCAUCAGCGAGAAUAAGCGCGGGGAGUACGAGUCGGUUGCGGCGAAUGAAUACUAUGGAAACGAUGAUGACGUUCAUGACAUUCUUUACCGAAGCGGAUUUUACGAUAAUGCAGAGCAAGACCUUGGCGACCACCGGAUUGACAUCUUCCAAGACCACGAAGAGCUCGACGAAGACACGAGAAACUCCCUGAAGGUCAAUCCAUUGGCACUGAACCCGCCCUCUCCCCUGCCGAAGCCGGACAUCGUCCAGAAUCGCACACCAAGCAAUGGGCGCAUGGCCCUUACUGACAUACCCAAUCUUUCUCCCAAGCCUCCUGCCGACGAGCCGCUUCUUGAUAGUCUGCAGAAGAAAGGAAGUUUCUAUGGAGAACUCCCGGACCAAUUCGGACUUGACACCCCACGAAAAGUCAGCCGCGACCAGUCGAAGCUCACUCCAAAGAAUAACAAGCUCAGCAUCAAGAAAAGCCAGAAGUUCAACGCCUACGGCGCACUUAAGCAGCAUGACGAUGGUGACCUCAAUAGCCUUGGCAUUCCCUCUGCAGACCCGGUGACUAUCGACGGUGAUCGUAAAGGUCGCGUCGUCAGUAACUCAGGAGCUGAUGCCACCCACGCCAACUCUUCAUUGUCGUAUGGAAACUACAUCGCCGGAUUGGGAGUGGGAAGACGGCGGGACGUCAGCGGCAAGAUUGCGGAAGAGGGCCGUGUCGAGACUACCAAACCAAAAAAUGAGAACACAACCCCUAUCCGAGCAGCCGGAUGGGCUCGCUUUGCGGGUCUAUAGCACUGAUAUGCUCGGAGUGGAACACGCAUAAAAAAAAGGACAAAGCAUCUACAACUAUUUCAAGACGCGAUGCGUCUUCUUUCAUUGAAUUUAUGAGGCAUAUGGAUAUCAUGGUUUGCACAUGUUGGACAUGAGGAUCUUCUGACGAUAACUGAUGUGAUUUUAUGUUUGUUUUAUUGGUGAUACUCCCCACUGUUUUUACUGUAGACAAUCACGUAGUAGCUUAGCAUACCAUUCAAAGAAUAUUGCAAUGUUUCAU